AUGCCAACACCGGAGGAUACCAACAGAGCCGAAAGAGAUGAUACCUCCAAUCGAGGACCAAGCACUGAAACCACCGUCUCCGGCAUACGCGAGUCCAUACAGCACCGACCAGACAAUACGCGUCGCGACACUACACGCCGGACGGAAAUAUACACCGAUAACCCGGGCCACGCGAAUCGUCUUACAGAUGAGGAACACCAGAGACUAGAGGAACUGGCGGCGGACUCGGGGGGCGGUGCGAUAUUCGUUACGUAUGAUCUGGUCCACAGGAUAGACACGCUCAUGGUGGAUGGAACCCGUCGCACGGAUGAGGCUUUGAUGCAGUACUUGUUUCAAGAUGAUAUCUGGGAGGCUAUUGAUACUAGAGAUAUGAAUGGUAGGGAGACGCGGGGGGAUGGUGGGAACGGGAGCGGCAAUGGAAGGCAAGGCAGCGAGAGCGAAUUGAAACUGCCGAAUGGAACAGGGGAGAGCCAUGAAGAGGAAGUGAAGCAACAGAGUGACGGUUGA